AUGCUGCCGCUACGGCUCUUGUGCUCCCUCGCGCUGCCGCUCACCUCGCUCGCUGCGAGCACCCGUAUCGUUUCCUCCGACACGCGACGCACCAACACAGGGCCUUUGACGGAAAUCUUUACCCCGCCGCCGUCAUGCACCGAGAUCCGGACCGUGAACAACAGGUAUCCGGACCUGCAGAUGGGCUGCGAAGGGCCCGGCGGUAACGAGUGUUGUCCGCCCAAAUGGGCGUCCAACCGCUACUUCAGCCCCGGCGUCUGCCCCUCGGGAUACCAAGCGUGCACGCUCCCAACCACUAGGCAGCGCCUAGAAACUACGAAUCUGUGCUGUCCCGCGAGUUUUGACUGCCCGACUGAUAUCUUCUACGGAGAGUGCCGCUCCUACAUCAACACGCCGAUACCCACAAACUACACCAUCAGCGGAACCGUCUAUUCCAGCGCCAUGAGUAUAGUUUACGCUACCCCAAUCCAGAUCCGCUUCCAGGCCACCGACUCGGGCGUUGUCCCCAUCCCUACCGCCUCCUUCAACCUACCCGGGCCUCGGGCGGGUCUCAGUGCCGCGGCCAAGGCUGGAAUCGGUGCCGGUGUCAGUGUCGGCGCAAUUCUCAUCUUGACAGCCGUCGUUUUCUUCAUCAAGAGGAACGGCAGGCGCACGGGUGGACAGCCCGGAGGUGGAGAGGACGUACCGUUGCAGACCGGUACGGAGCCCGUCGCCGUGGCCGCGGACGCUGGGGAUCGGCCACCGCCUUAUUCUAAAUCGUAA